AUGGUUUGCGUCACCGGCUCCUGCCGUUUUCUCCUUCGUUUCUUUCCCCUUGUCUCUUUCCACAUACGUGCCAUUCACAAUUUACUUGACACUUAUCAUUUUUUUUAUUUUAAACUUCCUAAUUACUCGCAUUUUCUUUUUUUUUUCUUUUUAAUUUUUUCUUUCUUUCUUCGUUUCUUCUAUUUCCUUUUUUUUUCUAUCUUUCUCUCCGUUACUUUCUUUAUUACUUUCUUUCUGUCUUUCUCUCUGUUUCUUCUUUCUUUAUUACUUUCUUUCUUUCUUUGUCUCUUCUAUUUUUUCUUUCUUUCUUUCUUUCUUUCUUUUUUCUUUCUUUCUUUCUUUCUUUCUUUUUAUAUUUCUCGUUUUUUUUUCUUUCUUUUUCCUUUUCCUUUUUAUAUUUCCUUUCUUUCUUUCUUUCUUUCUUUUUUUUUUCUUUCUUUCUUUCUUUUCGUCUCUCUUUUCUUUCUUUUUUCAUUUCUCUUUCUUUUCUUUCUUUCUUUUCUUUCUUUCUUUUCUUUCUUUUUUUUCUUUCUUUUUUUCGUUCUUUUUUAUUUCUUUUCCUAA